AUGGCAUUAACCCAAAGGUUGUUAUUAGGCAUGGGUCGGAUUUCCACCCAUCAAUUAAUUUCCCACCACUGGCGACUGACAUCGUCAGGCUCUCUAAGGCAUAUGAGCACUCAAAAUGGCUCUUAUAGCUUCACGCUCAAGGAUACUAACGCAUCCAAUUGGGGGGAACACCCGCUUGCCGCCACAUCUUUUGGCAUGAAGGAUGCUGGCUUCCACCGCUUUGGAUUUGUUAUCUACCGGACUGUAUACAACGAUAAUGCAGCGUGGGAACGCUAUCUCGAGGUGCUGAAGCUUGCUGCACGUAAAUCUCUCGACAUUGUAGGUGGUGACGUACUUCUUGAGCAGUAUAUGGAUUGGCCGGUCAUCUCCGACCCGGCUUUACUCAAUGGUGCAUCCAAGGCCGAUGUACGACGACACUUUAAAUCUUGGUGCGCAGGCCGUAGUGAAGAGCGUGACGGCCCUGGCGCUACCAAUUCUGGGGUGGAAUGGCUACCGCGAUUCAACUACUGCCUUUAUGUGGACAGUAAAUGUAUCGAUACGCUAGCCAAAAUGCCAGCGAAUAGUAUUAAGCCCCAGGAGUAUCGUGUCCUAUCUAAGCCAGUCAUCGCCGUCAUUGAUGCUGCUUUCGAUGGGAGGACCCCUGGCUCAGACCGAGGCUUGUAUCCUGAUGUUGAGGGCUGUACUGAAUGGUAUGUGGGCUGGAAGUACUUUAAAAUCGGACAAUUGGUCUCUACAUACGAUGUUUCACACGGAUUUUCGUUGGAUGAGAUUGAUUACGUGCGACCGCCGCUCAUUGCGCCUGACGGGUAUGAGUCCAUGCCCAACUAG